AUGCACUUCAUAAGCAUUUCUCUCGUUGCAUUUGUCGCAUGGGCUUCACAUGGAACACUUGUUGUAAGGAAGAAGUUUCAAAAAAAUUGCUGGGCUCUUUCUCCCUUUUUUCAACCCAUUUUUUGGGCUUUUCAGAGCGCCAGUCCUCCCGGUCCCAAUCACUACGAAGACUACAUUCCCCCAGAUUUCAAUCAAGGGCGGUUCGAGAGACAUGGAGGAUUCAGCAAUGUCCCCAGUCCCCCACAUUUACCAUGCCCUCCAAAAGUACAAAGUCAAUCAUGGGGGAAUAGUUGGUCGACAAGUUGGAGUAGCAGCAGUGAUGGUAAGGAGGGUUAUCUUAGAGGGUCAGUGGAGCCAUUUGGCAAGAAAAAUUUAAUGUUUAUUUCUAUAUAAUACUGUAGAGUAAUGACUCUAUAAAAAAUAUUUUUUUUUUCUGGCCAAAUGGACAAAAAUACGGCUUGAAAGUGUCUUUUCUGUGACUGCAUGUCUCGUCCAAAAUUUCAAAGUCAACUCUAACCAAAAUACCGAAAAAAUCCGACAUUUCUUCGUGAUUUUCAACCGAAAAAAUUCGAAAUUUCUCAAGCAUUUUCAACCGAAAAACACUGGUUUUCGGGACUAAAAGGGACCUACUUCAAAACGUCGUAGCAACCUCAGUUUCCACUUUAAAAUCAUGUUUUUUCAUAGACAAAAAAAAUGUGGCUUAAAAAUACAUAUUCCAAGAACGAACUCUCUGCGCCGUCUCCGCCGAAAGUUAUAGCCUCCGACUUUCCUUCACGUCUCUUGAAAGACCCUGUACAGGGUGUUUCAAGAAAUUUGGAACAAAUGACUUGCUUAUAUCUUUUUGUUCUUUGAAGCUAUCAACGAAUUUCUUUUUGCUUCUAAAAAUUGACAGCGUGCGUUUUUAGAAUCUCAAAAAAAUUUUUUUUUCGUCGGCGGAGGGCCCAUUUCUCGGCGGAGAAAAUUAGGGCCUUUUUUAAAAAUCACAGCGUAUUACGUGGCGGAAACGCCGUUGCAACGGCUGAAAUCAAGUUUACGUAAUACCUCCGUCGAUUUUACGGUAUGCAUUUUUUUGUUUUCGAUUUUACGCGCACCGCGGAGGCGCGGCGGAGACUUCAGAUUCUCCCGGUUCGGCCCGGAAAAUUUUUGUAUUGGGUUGGAAAGAAAGAAAGCGGGAAAUGAAAGGAAAAUUAUGGCAAAUUUUCGCAAAAUGUAAAGAAAAAUUUAGCAAAACCUAGGUACAUAAGGUAAUUCUGUCGAAAAAGCUUAUUUUUGCCUUUUAUCCGGGCAAUACUCAGAUUUCAAAAAAACCGGGCCGGAAAAUUUUGCAAGGCCCGGCCCGGAGCCAUGCUUACUGUAGAUGCUUAUAAGGCCUUUCAAAAACUAUCUUUCAGGCUGCAAUAACCAAUCACCAGUCCCUCCACCACCCGCUCCACUUCCUCGUCCCCACUCCACCUACUCUCAUCCUCCUCCACCGCCUCCGGAACCAGAGCCGGAGCCUCGUUUUUACCGACCUCCACAAUACAGCCGACCUCUCCCUUCGAUCCCCGACCCGCUUCCAGAGCCACAGCCGGAGCCGAUUCCUCGGCGUCGGUUUGAUUUGGGGAAGAUACGAAGGGAAGAGAUUGAAGGUCUAUGGACAGAGUUCUCACCAGCUUCGAGAAAUUUUCUGGCUCCGGAUUCAGUCAGAAGCGGGAUUCCUCCGCAUUGUGUGAAGAGAAUUGUGAGAUAUUGUUCGAGGAAUCCGGAGAGCCUUAGAUGCAGGUAAGUAAUUCAACAAAAAAGUUGUUUCAAAACAAAAAAUCAGCUGUCGGGAAAAUAAUGAGUCGUCGUUGAAGCGAAAAGCAAUUUUAUUUUGACGCGACACAAUUCAUUUUCUCGGCGGCGAUGCUAUUUAUUUUUGAUGCGACAGAGUGCUCAUUAUUUUCCCGACAGUCUAAUAAACUCGUCAAUACCUCGGCCGUCACUGCCGCUGCUUUGGCUCCCGCCGGUAGUAUCUCUAUGUAUACGAUAUAUAGCAAGGCUAAAGAAACUUAUUCGUAGCGGAAAGGUUUCGUUGAAUGGAGCUUCAAUUUGGCCUGAAAUUGAAAACUGUGACCUCAGAAAUAAGAAUCUGUCUGGAAAAUAAUGUGGAUUUGUCGCAGCAAAAAGUCUCGGUUUGUCGCCAAAUUUGCACCAAAUUUCCGGCCCAGCAUCGCUUAGCCGUCGCAAAGCGAUGAUGGGCGAUUCCAAGGCGUUAAGAAUCCACAUUAUUUCCCCGACAAACUGAUAUAAUAUUUCUUUUUUAGACAGGUUUUGUUGUAUGGGAGUAUGCUUUACAGAGAUUCCACUGCGUAAAUAUCAGUAUGUCGGAAAAAUAAUGGGCACUCUGUCGCAUCGAAAAUGGCAUCGCCGCAGAGAAAAUGAAUUGUUUCGUGGCAAAAACAGAUCGCUUUUCACUUCAGCGAGGCGAUCGGCGCAGCGACAUGCGCUCACUAUUUUCCCGACAGACGGAUAUGACUUUUCUUGGCCGCAAGAAGGUCUUGAAAACUCACUUUUCAAUUUUUAUAAUGUUUUAGAGGGCAUUCCGAAUGGAUUUCCGAUGACAUUGUGCCCGAUCCCCCAUCACACGGAAGCGUUUUCAUUGAAGACGAAAACGAGAUUUUUUCUCUCUACAACUUCACUGCAUCUUCGCCUCCAAGAUUACCUCGAGACGACGUUCUCACCAACGUUCCUUCCGAUUUACGCGCCGAAGUUUCCGAUGGUUCUGUCUAUAAUCUAAAGCCAGAAGAACGAAGUCAAAUAAAUGCGGCAUGUUCGUAUGGAGCUGGUUGUUUGCAUCAGCCGAAAAGCGCGUUGUUUGAUCGCUCGGAUAUUGCGGAGCAUCACUCCACAGUUUUGAGAUUUUUGAAUAGUGGAGUUGGCAAGGAGAUUGAUAAGAAUGUGGAGACGCAAUUUCUGAGGACAUACGAACUGAAGAAGGCGAUUAUGAGCAAGUUGGGAUUGGAUGGAAAGGUGGGGAAGAGUUUGAUUGCUAUUGUCAUAUCAGUCUGUCGGGAAAAUAAUGUGGUUUUGGCACAGUAAAAUGUCUCGCUUCGUCGCAAUUGCGCGCCAAAUCAAGAGUCGUGACUGUCCGUUGAAAAGCGAUAAUGGUCGAUUCCAUGUCGCGACGAAUCCACAUUAUUUUCCCGACAGACUGAUACUUACAAUUAGAGAGAAAUACUUUAAGAACACUUGGCUCGAUAGGUCAAGUGUUUCUCUCUAGUAUUUUUUGCACAGUAAAAAUCCGUCAUCAAAGUGAUGAUGGGCGAUUCAAUGGUGCGACGAAUCCACAUUAUUUUCCCAACAGACUCAAACAUAUCAAUACAGGGUGGUUCAGCCGGAGCUUCCAUCCUUAUUUCAAGUAUUUCUCCGCCGAUAAUGCACCAAUUUUUAUAAAAUUAAGAUCGAAUUGAAGCUGAGGUUCCCCAUUUUUUGUCCACCAAAUAUGACAGGCCCAAGUUCAAGGAUACCCCCGUACUGACCUGUGACAUUUUCAUUCCAAAUUUUAGAGCCCGAAAUCGGUGAAACUUAGAAAAUUUUUGCAAUGAUUUUCAAUUAAGUUCUCGUGCUUGGAAAAUAUUCGAGUCUUUGGCAAAAUAUGACAUUCAGAAGUUGCUGAAAAAAUUGACGGCAGUCAAUGGAGCACUCCUAGUUAAUCUUGAAGGCAUUGCAGUGGUUCAAAGGUCCUCCCUGAUAGGAGUUCAAUGGAGUCCCCGAAAGCCACACCAAAGUCCCAAAUAUCCCAGCGGAACUAUCCAAAGGAAUAAAAGAACGCCAAUAAUAAAUAUAAACCCGUUUAUCCAGAGGAAGGGUCGAUACAAUCACGUAAAUGUCAAAAUAGGUAAAACCAAGUGUCGGCUGGCGGAACUAUCCUUACCAGCCGUUCGUCAACCUGUCCUAUUGUCCGAAUCCAACCGACCGCCACUCGGUUCUCCGGAUCCUCCUCUUCUGACUGAAUUCCAUUCUCUCACGUUCCUUGACUUUCCAACGGUGCGUUAGGUUUCGCGGCGGGACCCAGCCCGAGGUUCGGUGCGGUCCUGCACCAUUCGCCCCCUAACCAAGUUGGCAUCGUCCCCGAUGUCAGUGAAGUCGAUGCGCCGUUGGGGAAGUUGAGUGGUUUCUCCUGGGGCUUAUCCGAUCUGGUUUGGUAUUGGUGAAAUGGCAUGAAGUGAGCUUUGUCCGGAAGGGAACGUAGUCGAAAUCUGAAAGUAAAAGUGAUUAAAAGUGAAUAAAAGUCCCUAAAAAUCCCUAAAAUAUCCUAAAUAACCCCCAAGCUCCCCCCUAAACAUCUGAAGUCGUCCUCGACUUCAAAAAGUAAGUUCCGGGUUUUCAGGAUAUUUUAUGGGAUCCUGAAACUUAUCUAAAAAUAAGGUACGAGUAGAUGUUUUACCGGAACAAAAUAAGUAAAUAGUGAAUUUACGAAUCAAAAAUUGAAAUACCUUUAAAAUUAUACAAGAUACUACAACAAAAUACGGUAUUUUCACACUAAGAUAGCAAUUUACGAUCAAGUUAGCCGCACGGAUGACGUAAACCUCCGAAAAUUUAAAUUUGGUUCCUUUUCCUUCAAUUCGCGAGGAAUACGACCAUUCUAUCGAGUUGUUCUUGUCGAAAUCACCAUUGAAACUGUGAUUUUCCUCCAAGAACUUAAAUUUGCAGCCUUUAGCAGGGAGAAAUGACUUCAGAAACAUAUUAUCAUAUAGGCAAUUACCAGGAAUUUGAAUAUUUUGAUCAACCCUUGGCACAAUUUUUGCGGAAAGUUCAUUUCUCUUCUCAAAACUCUCGAAAGUAUCUUCCUUCGGGAUGUCUACAUUGACUUUUGGGUCUUUGCUCUCAAGGGCCGUAGUAUUAAACCAUUUUUCGUAUACUGAAUUAUCUAGGAUCUCCUCAAAACUCGGAAUUAUCCCCUUCUUCUCGUGUUUCCAACUCAUAAACGCAGAUUUUGACAACUCCAAUGUGUAGUCUGUCUGUGGGUGAACUUUUGCGGGUAGACAUGAAAUCUCGGGCUCAGCGGAUAAUGUCUCGAGAUCUCCGGAUUCGAGUUCAUCGUUACGUGUACUCGAUUCCUCAAGAUUUGAGCAUGUAAAAGGUUCCUGACGUGAUUUCAGUUCGGGGUUUUCUCUCAGACUCUCAAUUUCGUUUAUCGUGCAGUUUGCCGUAAUUUUAACUUCAGAAUUCUCCUGUAGUUCUUGCUCCACUGGACCAGCUGAGAUGAUUUGCGGAACGCUUGAAGAUCCUCUAUUCGCUUUAUAAUUUACCCGAGCUGCUAAUGCCUUCUCUCUGAGCUGCUUCAAAUAAUCCUUCCGUUUGUGACAAUCCUUCUCCAAAUGUUCUCCUCCAUCACAAUAUUGACAAAAUAAUCGCGCUUUAAAACUGCUGAUGGAUUCACCCGACUCUGGCUUGCGCGAAUUUAUUGCAGGCCGGGUAGGUGAAAAUCCUGUAGCUGGUUUGCAAUUGGACCUACGUUAUCAACCGUUGGUUGAGGAAUUGGUCGAUUAUUUUGAGACGGACCGUUCCAAAAGGCACUUAGAUGCGCUGGAGCAUGACUGUUUAAGAAAUUCUCAGCUUCAAAUGAUGGAUUUUGCUGGGGUUGAUACCAGUUUCCUUUGUUGUAUUCAUACACAUUGGUGGCAAUCUUAACCAUCUCUUCGAAGGGGAGGUUUUUAUGCAAUUCCGCGGCAAGUGCGAUGCUAGCUUCUCUAUGAUUUAAUCCAGCCAUAAAUUUCGAGAUCAUAUGUUUUUCGAGUAUGUGUUUGGGUGCGCCAGCAAAUGCUCUGAUAGUGAUGUCGCUUAUCUGAUCAGCAUAUUCGCGGAUAGACAUAUUGUUCUCACGGAUGAAAGGUUUGAGAUAAAUCGAAGCCCAGUCCUUAUGAUCUGCUGCUCUACUUUUCAGCUCAUUCUCAAAUUCAGCUAGAUUUUGAUCGAAGUCACUACUCUCCGAAGCCAUGCUCGUGUGUUCCCACAACCAAGCUGCUUUUCCCGCUACUUUGGCUUCAAGAAGAUCCCUCCUUUCUUGCGUGGUGUGAUUUACAGUCCCCGCGCGAAAUUUGUAGAAAAAACUGACUACUUCGCUUUGUUUCUCUUUCCCCGUCAACGUUGGUAGUCGCAUCUCUAUAAACAUAAGAUCCGCGACGGAUCCCGCGCUUCUAGCCGGCGGAUUCUCUAGGCGCGGCGCAAAAGAAAUACUCUCGCUCUGCGGUUGCUUUACUUCGCUUUGCGCUAAUAAAGUUUGAACAGAUUGAGAUAACUCUUCUAUUUUCUUUCUAUCUUCCUCAGCUUGUUUUUGUACCUCGAUCAAGGUCUUAUCAGAUUUUUCCCGCUGCUCCUUCAUGAAGCGCAAUAUGUCUCCCAAGACUUCUUUACUACCCUCGCUGCUGUCCCCUUGCUCCAUUUUUUUCUAAACAACAAGGCACUAAUUCAAAAAGAACUCACUUCACUUCCACUUGUCGAGGUUCUGGGCCGGAAUUGUGGUUCUUGGCAACUCGAGUCUCCGAUGCUGCAAAGAGUAGAAUUAGAUCAAUGGAUUCGCGGAAAUCACGAAUGCAAUCACGCAACUUAUAUACGAACACGCACUACACGAAACUCUUGACAAGACAACACAAAGUUUCAAAGCAAAUACAAUUUUCAAAAACUUUCUCAAACAAUUCCGAUUUGAUACCUAAAACAAUAUCAAAUCACAAAAUUCUCGCAACUUCGCAAAUUAUUUUCGAGAAAAAUUCGUUUCUCGUUGCUCAAAAGGUCUCAAUACAGCUCUUCUAUCUUGAAUCUGUUGAUGGAUUCAAGUUUGACAAAAGGUCCGAUAUUAUACUUGCUACGGACAGGUCCAGUCGUUACCCAGACGACAACUUGGCUAAGGAGUUCAAUGUUACUCUUGCCAAAACAGGUUCCGGUAUUUAUUCAGACGGAAGCUGUCUCUCAAUUCUGCUCUUAUCUUAUUUCGAGACAGAAUUGCUUGUGUUGACCUACUAUUAUUUAGGUAACACAAGGCCGGGUUUCUCAAGAACGAGUCCCAGCGUCGAUUUCACCGCUCUUCCGGAGGCGAAAUUCGACUCAGAGUGCCCUUCUCUUACGUUCGGUCACACUCUGAUCUCUUCGGGAGCACUUAGGAUCCCUCCGAGAUAUCCUCACGAAUAAAUCGCGAGUCGAGAUUUCGGGUAACUCUUGCUUUACCCUCAAGAGAAUCAAAAAAGAUUCUCUAUCUCUUCAAGCCUAAAAGCCAAACAAAAACCAACAAAAACUUACCUAAAAAUCCAAUCGCUAUCGGCCUACGUCUCCCGCAGCGUGGUCGCCAAGUGGUUCAAAGGUCCUCCCUGAUAGGAGUUCAAUGGAGUCCCCGAAAGCCACACCAAAGUCCCAAAUAUCCCAGCGGAACUAUCCAAAGGAAUAAAAGAACGCCAAUAAUAAAUAUAAACCCGUUUAUCCAGAGGAAGGGUCGAUACAAUCACGUAAAUGUCAAAAUAGGUAAAACCAAGUGUCGGCUGGCGGAACUAUCCUUGCCAGCCGUUCGUCAACCUGUCCUAUUGUCCGAAUCCAACCGACCGCCACUCGGUUCUCCGGAUCCUCCUCUUCUGACUGAAUUCCAUUCUCUCACGUUCCUUGACUUUCCAACGGUGCGUUAGGUUUCGCGGCGGGACCCAGCCCGAGGUUCGGUGCGGUCCUGCACCAUUUUGCUCUUGUGUUCUGGGGUAACAGGCUUUGUUAAUCAAAAUUUUAAAAAAUACGAACAAAUGAGCGAGACUGUCUAUGUGGAUGACGAAAUCCACCCUGAAGAUAAAUAACAAGUUGUAAAGCCUGGAUUGCCCGAGAAAAGAGCUUUCGUUUUCAAUCGUUCGAUUUGGUACCUUGCCGGAUUGAAAUAUGCUUUUUAGGCACUUUGUACUUCUGUGAACCUUACUUUUUUUUAAAAAUUUUCAUCGAAUUUGGCGACUUUGUUUUUUGUCGGAAAUCCAAAAAUUUGACAAGUCCGAGAAACCUGUCAUAUUUGGUGGACAAAAAAUGGGGAACCUCAGCUUCAAUUCGAUAUUAAUUUUAUAAAAAUUGGUGCAUUAUCGGCGGAGAAAUACUUGAAAUAAGGAUGGAAGCUCCGGCUGAACCACCCUGUACUUUUUCGGCUGCUUGUCAGAAAAGAUUUUUUUAGACUGUAAAUGACAAACAUGCAGUUUUCGAAGUUAUAAAAAACAGAAAAAGACGUAUUUUACAAGCCGGUUCUUAACCCUUCGCUACUAUAAAAUGCUCAGUUUUCUAUGAAACUUUUGAUUUUUCGCUCAAAAUGAUGAGAGCCGGCAAGACGAGAGGAGUUUUUUGACACCAUUUUCACUGAUUUUUCUUGGUAAAAAUUGCUUUUUAUAUCGAUGUUAUCGUUCUUAUCAGACUGUAAAGCUUGUGUUAUCAUCGAUAUUACCUUCACAAAAAGUGAACAGUUAAUGGAGACUUCUUACUUUAACAUUCUGCUAAUCUUUAGUGAUGAAGCCGUAUUUUACCAUGCCGAAAAGUGCGACAAUUUUUGGCACCUCCGCACUUUAUUCCAUCGUAUAAGUUUGCCGGGAAAAUUAUGAGCGCCCUGUCGCUGAAGUGACACGCAUUUUGAUUUUACCGCUACAUUAUUUAUUUUCUCGGCGGUUUUUUUUUGAAUCGGCAAUGUGCUCUUUAUUUUCCCGACAAAAUAGUAUUAACUUUUCCGGACAUAAUAAUACAAAAUUUACUGUCUUUCGUGACAAAACUGGACCCUAUUUUUGCAGGUAGAACCCCUCAACGACGGGAUUUUCCAAGGAGACAUCCUCCUCAGCACCGAACAAGCUGAUAUCCUCCUCAACGCCGUGCAAAACGACCUUCCUCCUAUAAUUUCUGUCCCAUAUAGCCAACAAUCUUCACCAUCCUACCACCCUUACAGUCAUCCUCGUUCCGGCUACGGAUAUAAUCGAGGGAAACGCUCCGGGAUUUUCUUUGAGGAACAGUUUAUUCGGCAGUGGUCCAACUCGUAUAUCCCGUAUUUCGUUGAUCCACAAAUGAGUGCCGAUCAAGAGGCCGUGAUUGACAGUGCUGUGGAGGCGAUUCAAGCAGUGUCUUGUUUGAAUUUCGUGAAGCAAAGCUCGAGGCCGACUGGGAACUUCAUUUUUUACUCAAUUUAUCCGUCAACUGCGUUGUAAGUGGCGGAAAUUGGGGGGUUUUAAAAUUUAUACAUAGAAAAAAUAUUUUACAGUAAAAAACAAUAGGGGAUUAUGCAAAUUUUAAGGAAAUUUCGAGGAAUUUUAGUAAUCAAAACUUUGCAUAAUCAAAAAUUUUUGUAGCAAAAAAUUUGUAUAAUUUCUUUUUAAUUCCCUUAAUUUUUUGAAAAUUUGCAUAAUUUCUUUUUAAUUCCCUUAAUUUUUUAAAAAUUUGCAUAAUUUUUUGAAAUUUCCUUAAUUUUUUGGAAAUUUGCAUAAUUUCUUUUUAAUUCCCAUAAUUUUUUGAAAAUUUGCAUAAUUUCUUUUUAAUUCCCUUAAUUUUUUAAAAAUUUGCAUAAUUUUUUGAAAUUUCCUUAAUUUUUUGGAAAUUUGCAUAAUUUCUUUUUAAUUCCCUUAAUUUUUUGAAAAUUUGCAUAAUUUUUUAAAAUAUCCUUAAUUUUUUGAAAAUUUGCAUAGUUUUUUAAAUUUCUUUGAUUUUUUGAAAAUUUGCAUAAUUUUUUUGAAUUUGCAUAUUUUAAAAAAAUUAAUUGAAAAUGAUAAAAAAGACGUAUUUUACAAUUUCAGCUGCGGAAUCAGCAACAUUGGCAUGCAAAAAAGUGGGAACAAUGUGGUCUACAUGUCCUUCAUGUGCAAUAGUGUAAGUUUAUCCCCAAAAUUUUGUCUUUUCAUUUGUCGAAAGUGCUUGUAAAAUACGCAAUUUAUAGCAUUUACUUUUAUAAAAAACAACUUUAGCAAGACAACCGAGGCGUUGCGAUCCACGAAACGCUUCAUGCGUUAGGAGUGGCCCAUGAGCAUGUGCGAACUGAUCGAGACGACCAUAUUAGGAUCAAUUGGAACAAUGUGGAUCCGAAUAACUAUGCGUUCUUCGCGUUGAAUGAUGCCAAGAUGUUUACAAGGUAAGGAAAAAGGUGAAAUUUAUCCACUGGGGUUAUCUGACUGGGCCGGGCCAGGGAACUCCGUAGCUAAAUUUUAGCUACGGAGUUCCCUACGGCUACGGGAUGAGUUCUAACAAGGGUGUGUGUACGUGGCUGAAAAAGUUUGUUUUGUGUGCCUUGUGGUUCGCUAGGGUUCGAAAAUCAUAAAAAUAAAAUAAUUAUUAGUAAGCUUUUAUGUACACAACGUCAUCAUGAUUUUUUAAAUGUCAUCAGGUUAUCGAUACUAUAGAGAAAAUAGCUUUGUGGAUAUUUCAUUUCUGAAACCGCAAAUGUGCGAUUCAAAAGUAGCUUUGAUGACGGUUUUAGGCGGCUAACAAGAUUUGGCACAAAACAAAAAGCAGUAAAAGCAAGAUUUUUUAGGAUACGUACUGGCUUAUUGUUGGCAAUUUCUUUCUAUAUAAAAUACGCGAUCAUAAUUUUUUUGCCGAAUUUUUAGCUACGGAGUUCCGUACGGCUACGAUUCCAUCAUGCAUUACAAAAGCACGGCCGCGACGACAGCAACCGCUUCAGGGCCAAGUAUGACGCCGCUUCAUGGCUCUGAAUAUGAGAUGGGGCAACGAAGGCAUCUGAGUGAAACGGAUAUCCAAUUGCUCAACAAAAUGUACUGCAAACCUGAAUGUAAGCGAGCUAACAAGUCAAAAAGCAAAAUUAUCGGCCUGUCGGGAAAAUAAUGAGCAUUCUGUCGCAGCGAAAAUGGCGACACUGCGCUCGUUACUUUCCCGACAUAGUGAUAAAAUAUUUAUGAUGGAUUCGUAUAAAUAUUUGAAAAUUUUAGCGUGCUCGGACCGCAAUGUUUACUGUGGAUUGUGGGCGAACCGAGGGAAAUGUGAAACUUCAGGAUGGAUGAGGCAAAACUGCGAAAAAUCUUGUGAUCUUUGCUGA